AUGCCAAAGGAGUAUGUCCUACCAAAAACAAUCAAUAAUUAUCAUCAUAGAGAAAGAUUAAAACCUUUCUAUCUUAUUCCACAACCGUUGAAAUCUGAAACUCAUAUAUCGGAUCGAUUAUGGUUGUGUGAUUGGUUUAAAGAUUGGAUCAAAGAGGACUUUCUUCAUCUCGCACCAUUUGACGAAUUUUUUGUGUGGGUUGUUCGUAGACCAAAUUAUCAGCAUGAUCGAAUAUUGGCAAGAAGUGUCGAGGACAUUGAAGACAAUGAAAGAUAUCGUGAAAUGGUGAAACGUCAAUCAUGUAUUGGGAUUUUUAUUAUGUUUACGGCUAAGAAGUUACUCUGGAUGAUCAAACAUAAAGGUGAAUCUUGGACCGGUCAAUAUUUUCAUGAUACAAUUUGGACUUAA